AUCACGCAUUCCGUCCACAGAACUAAAGGCCAUCACGAAGAAGCUAAAGGAGCGUCCCGAACCGACCGGAGAUGACGUGCAUGCCGCCGACUUGAUUCCCACAGCCAUAGCAAUUGCAGUGAAGAGGAGGUCUACCGUGGGCGAGCUAUCUUCGGGAAUCAAGAAAUUGGCAGCUGGCGAGGAGGAUGAUCCGGGUGAAAUCAGCCCCAUUACGAUUGCAAAGGAGGACAAGGAAAACGAGGACAAGGAAAACGAGGACAAUGCCCCCGAUGCCCCAAACGCAGAGGAGGAAGCACGUCGGCGAAAGCUCAAGCGCAUAGUGCUCUGCGUGGCCUGCGUCGUGGUGUGCGUGGUGGUCAUCUUGGUGUACCUGUUCUCGUUUGCCGUGAACCGUGCCUUGCCCAUCGAGGACCUAGCCUGCGACACGCCGACCUGUCAUAAGGCCCUGCACCUAAUGAACAGCUUUGUGGACCCGUCGGUUCAUCCAUGCGAAGAUCUGUACAAGCACUCGUGUGGCUACUGGCUGGGCAAGACCUCCACUCCAUCGAGCUUCAUGGCCGAUGUAGCGGAAAACUACAGCCGGCUUCUACACAAUGUCCUGAGCAGCGGAGGGGCCGAAGGUAUCGGUGUCCAAGCAGGGGCCCUCCGAUAUGUCUCCAGGUACUACAGUUCCUGUAUGGAAUUCUUAGGCAAGAAGCAUACGGUCGAGGAAAUUGUGACUCCCUUCCUUCAGCACAUGAACAUAACCGUCAAGACAUGGCUCGGGACGCGUGACAGGCUCGCCAUAUUCAACGACCUGGUCGGUUACUCGGUCAGGUUUAAGCUGCACAGCUUCUUCGUGAUCGAAAUGACGGAGCAUCUGAACUCCACGCCCACGUGGUCCACCGAGAGGGGCUGGGCUUUCAUGGAGCGCGUCUCGGGUCUUGCCGCCGUGGACAGCGGCGGCCAAGACCGCGCCACCGCGUACCUGCGCAGCGUCCUCAAGGCCAUCGACGCGAGCGCCUCCACGGAAGCAACCACGAGUCGUGUGGUCGAGCUCGACCUCAAGAGGGCCACCGUGCCCUCCGAAAGCGGCGACUCUCACGAAGACCACUAUACUGCUCUCGGCAAGUUGACCUGCGACAUCUUUGAAGGCGCAGCGUGGUUGAAGGCGCUUCAGGCAGUUCCGGGAGACACGGAGAAGCUGACCGCGCAGACUAUGGUGCAUGCGUCGUCGGUGGAGGUGAUUUGCGACGAGCUGAGCGCAGCGCUUCGUGACUCGAACCCGGUGGUUGGCCCCAUCUACUCGCUCGCACUGAUGGCAGCCGAGGUUCUUAGAUACCACUUCGCGCUCCCCGCUGAAGACGCCGGUCCGGCCAAGCUGCACGCCAUCUGCUACGGUGCGACGUGGAAGCCGUUCAGCAGAGCGUGGGUCGAGAUUCUCAGCGCCUUCUUGGGGAUGGGUGCACAUGCCGAAGAGUUCAUGAAGGCGUACUUCAAGUCCAUCACGUCGAGCAUGGAUACCUACAUGGAUUGGAUGGCCGACACGGACCAGGCGAAGGUUGAGCAGAAGUUUCGAUCGUACGGCCUUAUAGGCAUGGACGCGCCGCAGCUUGACGUUCAAAAGCUGCGAUGCAGUCGCUACGAUGGAUCGAUCGAACUCAGCAAGGACGACUUCAUCUACAACCGCAUCAUGGUCUACGGGUACAUUGCGAAGGACUGCGUCGUACCGAAAAGGCCCCUCUCGAAAAGUGUCCUCAGUUAUUUAGAGGGCACCGAGCUUGUGGUGGACUCCCCUUCAAAGGUGGUCGUGGUUCCACACAUGUUCGGCCUGCCGCCCCUCUACUACGUCCAGAUGAAAGAGGACUACGUCAACUACGCACUUGGAGGAACUGUCCUGGCCCGGAAGUUCUUUCGUGUUGUGCUCAACGGAUCGUGGAAAAAGUCGACGACCGAGAAGAUGCUCACCGCCCGAGAUUGCUACGCGAAGCUGUCUUCGCGCUUCCACGAUGCGCUGAGCGAAGACCGCUUCCAUGAAGUCUUCAGCACGGCUGAGGCUUUCAGGGUCGCUUACAGCGUGAAGGCGGCCACCGGCCAUUGGCCCGGCUCGAGUGACCAGUCACACGUGACGGCCUCGAACAGGGUGUUCUUCAAGCUCGCCUGUCAGACGCUGUGCGUGACCCCGGGCGCACCCCAGGACCCCAACAGCCUCGACGGGCUGACCGCUCACGCCGCCUGCCUGUACGCGGCGGGAACGAUGCCGCAGUUUCACCGCGCGUUCCACUGCAGAAAAUCGAACAAGAUGUGGCGACUGAGGAAGUGCAAAAUGACGUGACCAUAAAACUUGCAAAGAGGGAUAGGGAGGACUGUCUGCACUGAAACUGUUGACCAAAUAGCGUAACAUUCAAUUUUUUACAGGUCGGAGGGUAGGGACGUAGUGGCAAAAGCGAUAGCAAGCCAAGUCACUAUAGACGUAGGUUGCUGCAGAAAAUUAUGUUUAGUGUUCUAAGAGGUCACGGAAUACUGUUUAAUAGCGAUUCUCGUCGUUUGAUUACUGUAAUACUGAGAAAUUGCGUGACGUAUGUUAUGCUACUGCAUUUGUCCAUUUUGUUGUCGGUACCAGCCACAGAUACCGGGUUCUGGAUCCUAACAAAAUAGAAUUUCAAUGAAUAUUAAUAAAAGACAAUUGAAUAAAAUAAAGAUUUAAUGGA